AUGGUUAGAGAUUCUGAGGGAAAAACCGUUGAUGAUUUCGUUUCCAUCAUAGAUUCUGUUGAUAAAGUAGAGAACAUUAGAACAAGAUAUGACCUUUCCUUAGAUCUAGAAGCCAGAGCCCAAUUACGACCCGAGAGAGCUAAUUCUCCUCCUGAGGGAAGAAUUACUGUAUAUGACCGCUUUAUGCAUCUAGGGCUUAAAUUCCCCCUCUUCCCUCUGUUCGAGGAAAUUGUGCAGUACUAUAAGACUCCCUUUGCUCGUUUCACCCCAAACUUAAUAACUUUUGUUCUGGGAUUUGCGAAAGAUUGGUACAUCGUGAAGAGACGCCUCAGAUCUGGCGUUAAAAAGAUGGUUGAGGCGUAUGGUGGCUCGCCUGAAUGGAAGCCAGACUUCUUGUUCGCUAAGAUUGCCUCGGUACAAGCCAAGUACGACGAGCUGGAUGAGAAGAUGAAGUCAUUUGCCAGCUUGCACAUCUCGAAAGAGGAGUUGCACAAGUGGUGCGCUGCAUUCAUGUAUAAGAUGUUAUCAACAGCAGACAUUGCAUCAUUUCCUGGUGACGUGCCCACCAUUUUUGCCAAGGGUCCGAGUGAAGAGGAUUCCAUACCUAAUGUACCAGAUGAGUACAUGGGUAUCGAGCUUGAGGAUGCUGAUGAAGCCACCAAGGAGGAUGUUGCUGACACUGACCACUCUGGAGUUCAGAGAAAUACUGAGGACGCGUCUCAGAACCCUUCCAAGGAUCACCCUCCUGGCAGUGAUGCUGAUAGUUGGCCUGUCCACCACAUUCACCUCAUGGUUCUAUCGGAGGAGCAAUUGAGUGAGUACUCGCUGUACUCCAUGAUUAGCGGGAUUUUAAGAGGUCGUGCCAACGUGCAUAGUAUCGAGACAGUGGCAGACCUAGAGAAUGACCUUCUUGACGCGAUGAGGAUGCACAAUGUGAAAGUUAAUCAGCAUUUGAUAAAUGAGAUUAAAGAACUUCGUGAGGAGAUGCAGCGCUGUGAGAUUCAAAGUCUGAAAGAUUACGGCGAUUCACUGACUUUCGAGACUGAGAUCCAUGAUGAUCUGGUUAUCUUGGAGAAAGAGAAUGCUCGGUUGAGGGAAAGAACAACAGAUAACCGUGUCCCCCUGGUUUCUCGAGAAACAUCAAGUACUAGCCCGAGUUCAACACAUGAUUAUGACCAGAACCCGCCAAUUUAUUGUAGCAAUGGAUAUAUUGAAAGGGAAAGCUCGUGA